AUGACUUCAAAACAUUUUUUUCAAAAUUUUCAUAUGAAUGAUAGUGAAAUUUUGAGUCCAACUAAAAAGGGGAUAAAGUUAGAUGUGAGCAAAUUAAACAUUUUAAAUUUUCCUAACACACCAAAAAAAAAAGAACAAAAAAAAAAUGAAAAUUAUAUGCUGGAUUAUAAAAAAAUCCCAAAAAAUACACAUGACUUUUAUUUUGAAUUAAAUCAAAUAAAUCAAGUAAAUCAAACUGUUAAGAAAACCACAAAUCGAGCUCACACUAGCAGCAAAGAAAAAAAUAGGAAAGAAAAAUACGACUUUGACAAAUCUUCUUCUUCCCUAUUUUCUUCCUCUGUCACAUCAUAUACAUGCUCUUCAGAUAGUAAUUCGUCAGCAUAUAUUUCGCAUGCUUUGCAAACUUUGCACACAUCGUGUACGUCGUCUACCUCAUCAUUGCAAAACCUAGGACAAAAGAAAAAGCAUAACAAACGAAAGAGUCACAGUAAAAAUUAUGAACACAUGAGGCGAUCCCCACGAAAUUUGAACCCAAAUAAAACCGGUGCAGAAAAUUAUGUUAAAAAACAGAAAGAUGCAGAGGCAGGAAGAGAAAACAAAAGGUAUUCCGAAAGGAGAGGGCCAGACAAAGUACAUGAUGAGGCUCGAGUCCUGAGAUCGGCCUCAAGGAGCAAACCUCAUAGUAAACCUGAUAGAAAAAGUGGUGGAAAACCUCAUAGCAAACCUGAUAGCAAAAGUGGUGGAAAAGCGAAUAGAAAAUCGAUUAGUAAACACAAUAGUCUAAAGCCGAGUAGGAAGCAAAGCAUAAAGAAAGACCACAAAAAAGUAAUCAGUGCAACACGGUCUAGUGUUCUGUUGAAGAGAAAAAGCGAAUGCCUCACGAAAGAUUCGUACAUGUAUAGCAACCUUGUGAAAAGGGCAAAAACGGGAAGAGUUUUGAACACUACAGACACUAGAUGUGGAAGCAGCAUUACGAAGGAAAGCACCCAAGUAGGUAGCGAAAUAAGCAGCCAAGUAAGCAGCGAAGAGGGAAGCGAAGAAGACUACCAAUUGAGCAGCGAAGAAGACAGCCAAGUGAGCAGCGAUGGUAGCUUUGAAAGCAGCAACCAAGGGAAAAUCAGCCGCUCCACUAGAAGCAACAAAUUGACCAAGAAAAAUGAGAAAACUCACCAGAACGCACAACAUCUAGCUAAACAGAUAACAACAGUGAACAAACGAAGCAGCAUGCUUCCCAUGAAUCAGCAAAAAAACAAAAGUGUGAAUGAAUCUAAGGAACAGAACAAAGAAUUCACAAAUGAGGAAGUGGCAAAACUAACAAAAAAUACAUCUAUAAUAGAAGUAGACACAAACUGCUGCCAGUAUGAAGACGGGAUCAUAUAUGAAAGUGUGCUUAUAAACAAAGUGAAGUAUUGUAUAGGAGACAAUGUCAUGGUUUUUUAUGCCAACAAUGAGGAUAUCAAUGAGAAAGGUAGUUCAAAACGACUGAGCAAGCAUAAAAAACAGACGAAGACAUAUAAACUGAGAAAAGGAAAAAUCUCAAGCUUUUAUCAAAACACUAAGGGAAAUAAUAUGCAAGUAGAAAUAUGCAUAUACUUUGAUCAAACUGAUGAAUCCUAUAUAAAAGAACUAGCUGAAAAACAGAAAUCAAGACGUUCUAAGGCAGAUUUUGAAAAUUUUUUGGAUGAAAAAACAAAGAAUUUUUAUUUACUGGGAAAUAUUGAAUUUAAAAUAUUAGAUGCAAAAAUGAUUUUAAAAAAGAUACACGUAGUACAUAAUGAGGAAGAAUUAUUUGAUAAAGACAAAAUAUCCAAACCAGGGAAAGACAAAUUUUUGUGCACUCAUUAUUUAAAAGAAAGAGAAGAAAGAAUAUGUGAAGUGCAAAAUGAUGAACAUUGGGAAAAUUUAGUACUAGGUUCAAGUGACCUAUAUUAUUGCUUUUCCAAUAACAAAAAAAGUAGCAAAAAUAAAUCUUUAAAAUUGAUUAUAGAUAAAUUAAAAGUAAACGAAAUGGUAGAUUCUGCAUCUAAAAGGGAAGGUUCUUCUACUUCCUCUCCAGCGAAAAAUCAAAAGUCUAGCACCACAACUCAUUCCAAGAGCAAAGAGUCAAGUGUCAAUACUAUAAUGACGAAAAAUAAAGCCAAAACAACCACCAAUGGAGAAAGUAUAUCCAAGAAGGGCGCAGCAAACAAUUUUAAUGUAGAUAUAAAACAUUUCAUAAAACAAGACCAAGAGAAUUAUUACGUAAACUUGUUAAGGAAUAUAACAGAUCCCACAGAUAAGGCAAUUCGAAUGAUGCAGCUAGAUGUAGUUCCUAAAUAUCUUCCAUGUAGAGAAAAAGAAAUAAAAGAAGUACAUGGGUUCUUAGAAUCUGGUAUUAAACAAUCAGGCAGUAAUCAAAUUUUAUACAUUAGUGGAAUGCCAGGAACAGGAAAAACAGCCACUGUAUAUAGUGUGAUUCAAUUGUUACAAUACAAAAGUAAACAAAAAUUAAUACCAGAAUUUAAUGUUUUCGAAAUCAAUGGGAUGAAUGUUGUACAUCCGAAUGCAGCAUAUCAAGUGUUUUAUAAACAAGUUUUUAAUAAAAAACCACCUAAUGCUUUAAAUUCAUUUAAAAUACUUGACAGAUUAUUUAAUCAAAAUAAGAAAGAUAGUAGAAAAGUGUCCAUAUUAAUAAUCGACGAAAUUGAUUAUUUGAUUACCAGAACUCAGAAAGUCCUUUUUACUCUUUUUGAUUGGCCAACAAAGGUAAAUAGCAAAUUAGUUCUUGUAGCUAUUUCAAAUACUAUGGAUUUACCUGAACGCUUAAUACCUAGAUGUAGAUCCCGUCUAGCUUUUGGACGUUUAGUUUUCAGCCCAUAUAAAGGAGAUGAAAUUGAAAAAAUAAUAAAAGAAAGAUUAGAAAAUUGUAAAGAAAUAAUUGAUCAUACAGCUAUACAGUUAUGUGCAAGGAAAGUUGCAAAUGUAUCUGGAGAUAUUAGAAAAGCUUUACAAAUAUGUAGAAAAGCAUUUGAAAAUAAAAGAGGACAAAAAAUUGUACCAAGAGAUAUAACAGAAGCAACUAAUCAAUUAUUUGAUUCCCCAUUGACUAACGCAAUCAAUUAUUUACCUUGGCCAUUUAAAAUGUUUCUUACAUGUGUCAUAGUAGAGUUACGUAUGCUGAAUGAGUUUAUUAUACCUUAUAAAAAAGUCCUCAACAGAUACAAAGUAUUAGUUGAAACAAGCGGAAGGUGCAUAGGUAUGUGUAGUAAUUCUGAGUUAUUUAAAAUUAUGCUAGACAAACUAGUCAAAAUGGGGAUUCUGCUUAUUCGACCAUAUAUACCUCUUGAAAAAUUAGCAAAAAAUAAAAAUAAAGAAAUGCUUUUAGGCUUCAACGAAUCAUCCAAAAAAAAUUCUGCAGAUAAUAAAUCCACCAAAACACAAGUUAGCGCUGAAAUUGACAAAGAAUCAGGGGACAUGGGCAUAGAACUCAAUGUCGAAACGCAAUUAAUAAUUACUGCGCUUAUGAAGGAUUCAGAGUGUUCUCAGAAGCUCAACUUUUACUAA